AUGGGAAUUGAUCGUAACAUUGAGGAAGACGACGCUGAAUACAUUAGAAACGAUAUCAAUGAGGGAAUAUGGGUCAAUUGUGAUUCAGUACACUGCAAGGAUUACGAUGAUUCACAUGCUCGGAUCUUGGUUUCGGAAAUCCUGCAAGAGGACGCUGAAAUCCCAGUCCCACUUGAAGAGUUCAGAUAUGUUAGGGACGUGUACCAGAUGUUCCUUCCUUGGCCUAAACACUUAAUUUUAACAACCGAGGGUCCACUCGCUCAACCGCCCUCAAGACGUGAUGCGUCAAAGGGGAAAGCUCUGAUGCUUUCUCCACAAAGCCGUGGUGCACAGGAAGAUGAGUUGUUCACGGAAGAGAAGAUGGCGUUGAUCCCUAAUUCGCUGAAAUGGAUGAUUCAUGAAUUCCUAAGGCUCAAAGAUAAACGUGAUAUAAUCACAAUUUCUGUCCCCCGAGGAUUCAUUGCACCGCGUACCCAGAUCAUUUUAUCUGGAGAGGAUUUGCAGCAGGUUGCUACGUGUAACUACAUCGGCAACCAGGGAAUGCUGUUUGGAAUGAUGUAUACUCUUCUUUAAUCUAAUUAACCUUAUAUCAAAUUAUAGUUAAAUUAUUAUAAGGCACUAACACUU